AGAAGAAGAGCGGCAGGCUCUCCGCAUCAGCACCAGUACAGACAUCUCCUCACCUCCUCUCUGUCCACUGCGGAACACCGGCCCGUUUUCCUGCCAUCCCUCCGCCAGCAGCAGACCCAGCUCGCCAUGGACAACUCCGGCAAAGAGAAGGAGGCCAUGCAGCUGAUGGCUGAAGCCGACAAAAAGGUCAAAGCAUCAGGAUCCUUUCUGGGAGGGAUGUUCGGGGGCAACCAUAAAGUGGAGGAUGCCUGUGAAAUGUAUGCCAGGGCAGCCAACAUGUUUAAGAUGGCAAAGAACUGGAGUGCUGCGGGAAAUGCAUUCUGUCAGGCCGCUCGGCUCCACAUGCAGCUUCAGAACAAACUGGACUCUGCCACCAGCUUUGUCGACGCCGGCAACGCCUACAAAAAGGCCGACCCACAAGAGGCCAUCCACUGUUUAAAUCAGGCAGUUGACAUCUACACUGACAUGGGCCGGUUUACCAUCGCAGCCAAACAUCACAUCACUAUAGCGGAGAUUUAUGAAUCGGAGCUGGUCGACAUUGAGAAGGCCAUUGCCCACUACGAGCAGGCAGCAGAUUACUACAAGGGAGAAGAAUCUAACAGCUCAGCCAAUAAAUGUCUUCUGAAGGUCGGGCACUACAGCGCCCAGUUGGAGCAGUACCAGAAAGCCAUUGAAAUCUAUGAACAGGUUGCUAUGAGCACCAUGGACAAUCCUCUGUUGAAGUACAAUGCAAAAGAGUAUUUCUUCAAGGCUUCACUGUGUCACUUCAUAGUGGACGAACUGAAUGCCAAAUUGGCCAUAGAGAAGUAUGAGGAGAUGUUUCCCGCCUUCACAGACUCCAGAGAGCUCAAACUGUUAAAGAAACUUCUAGAAGCCCACGAGGAGCAGAACAGUGAGGCGUUCACAGAGGCCAUCAAGGACUUCGACUCUGUGUCUCGUCUGGACCAGUGGCUGACCACCAUGCUGCUCCGCAUCAAAAAGACCAUCCAGGGAGAUGCUGGGGACCUGAAAUAGACACAUGUAGAAAAGGGAGUGGGGUGAUAUAGAGAGAAGAAAUGUGAGGGCCAGGGUUGGUGAUUAAAUGGAGGCAAGCCAGACUGACAGGAAGUGUAAAGAUGUGUUUUGGUGGGAAAAAAAGUUUAAAAAAAGAUCAACAGAGAAUCAGAGAGAUGAAAUGGGGUUUAAGGGAGACAGGGUUGGACUGAGGGAGCUUACAGUUGUACAUAUCAGUCUGCAUGUGACCCCCAACAAGCUAGGCAUCACCUUUAAACCACCUGUAGAUGAUCCUGUGUCUCCAGUCCUGCAGUAUUGCUCUUUUAACACUGGACAGAACUGUACUUAAAAAGAGAGUGGAAAGAAAAGGUGUGUGUGUGUGUGUGUGUGUGCGUGCGUGCGUGCGUGCGCGUCCACUGCAGUAAGGGAUAUAUAACAUUUGGUGGGAAAGUGUGCAACUUAUAUGAGAUUUAAAGAUAUAUGUUAUUUAAAAUGGAUAAUCAUAUUUAAUGUCAAUACUGAAAAUAUUAUUUAUGGUACUCGGUGUUAUGAUUUUUCUUAAUAGUUUAGCUAUUAGCCCUCUGCACUCCUUUCUUCUCCUCUUCUUCCUCUCAUUGUUCUUCCUCCUGUUCCUCUGUCUCACCCCUACACUGUGUCACCAGUAUGAUAUCACCCAUUGUGAUUGGUUGGUUUCUUGUGUUCAGGCCACUGGUUGGCCAGUGCAGCUAGCCACCAGUGCUAACUCCUGGCACUACCUUGUUUGUGCAUGUCUCUUGUCAUGUUGAUGUAAGUGUUGUGCUAACAUGUGAAGAACUUUCAUGUAGCCUGGUGUCAUUUGUGUGAAAUCAGUAAAUGUGUACCUCAGAUACCGAAUUGAAAUAAAAACACCACGGCUCCAGAUACA